AUUAUGUCUGAGAUGCAUCACAGCUUCACAGUGAUGAAAUGGCGACUGACACAACAGAUGUUUCUCUACGUUAUGGUCUCAGGGAUUAAAGGCUAUCUGAGCUGAAACUUCCCUCCAUCCUAUCAGCACCCAGAGCUCCCUACUCAUCUCCCAGCUCAAAUCCACUGGGCUCCUGGGCUGUUGCUCAAACGACAGAUUGUACUUCUGCAUUGCUGUAUGCCCACUACCAUGGGCACAAAGAGUAUGGAAGCAGAACGAGAGAUGAGGGAGAGAGCUGCCCCCACCCCCAGAACACAGAUCAAGCUCCGAUUAAACAGUGUAACUAGUCAGUGCUGAUCAAAUAUAAAACAUGAUUCCGUUACUGUAUUGCCCACUUCUUGCAUAAACUUAAACUUAACAUAAACUUAUCUGCUACAAUAUAGUGUGCAACUGUCACGUAUCCAUGGUUAGCAGAAACGUACAAUGCAAACAUUUUUUCUAGCGACUGAGUUGCAGUUACUUACAUUCAGCCAGUUGCUGCCUUUAGCUAUAUUCACAAUACUUACCAAACAAUUCAAAAGAAUAACACAGGUGGAGUUGGAGCAUUUCUGAGAAAGAUACUGUGAAGGCUUCUUUGGGCAGGAAAUUAAUAUGGUUACCCAACAUCCUGUCAUUUUUUUAUUUUUAUACCUAUGUUUCAGGUACCCUCUCUCAGGUCACAGUCCACCAGUCUUCUGUGCUUACCACUGCUCUGGGUCGUGAUGUUACACUGCCAUGUCAUCUAAGUCUUUCCAACAAAGUGAAAAUGGUGACCCCAGCGGUUCUGUAUUGGUACUUCACACAGGACGGCAAUGACAAUCGCAGACUGUGGCUCCCCAGUGAUGAAUAUAUGGGACGUGUCAACCUUCUGGAAACCAGUCCAUACACUUUAAACAAGUCCAUACGCCUCAAGAAUGUCCAGUGGGCUGACAGUGGGAAGUACCAGUGUAAAGUCUCUGUCACAACAGAGAAGGAUGACCGUUUCAGGAGGACAGGAAAUGAAACUUUACUGAUGGUUUAUGAAACCAUGAUGUUUAACCUCAACAGUCACAAUGACUCUCUGCUCUCGUGUGAAGUAAACGUGACCCGGGAUGCCGGAUUUCUUUUGUCCAUUUCUCACAAUGGCUGCAAACUCCAACCUGUUGACUCUGCUCCAGGAGAUGCUGGUGCUGCUCUGCCCUUCACCACACUCUCUGAGACUGUUUCUCUGAGGAGCAAAGGAGAAUAUAAGUGUCAGCUGCAGCUGAACAAAGAUCUGAUAACAAAAAGCAUCUUCCUGUACCAUCCUCCUGUGGCUAGAGAUGGUGAAGGUGGUGAAAAAAAUGUUUCACGAAUGUGUCCAUCAACUGUCCCCGAGCCAGGUGUGGUGGUGUUUCCAGAACCGUGGCUCCUGUAUAUGGCUGUCCUCCUGGUGCCAUUUACCACCCUGCUGGUACUCAUAACUGUCCUGCUGAUGUACAGAUGCUGAGUUUUUCAACAAAUGACUGAAACGGAGGCUGAGCAAUGGAGAUCCAGGCUGUCAGGCUGAGGCAUUUUAGAGGUCCAGAUUAAAGGGGAUAUAUUGGCAUAAAUGGGAUAAAAUAUAAGAAGUAUAUUUACUUUGGUGUAUGAUCACCUGAAAAUAAAAAUUGUUGUGUUUUUGUUAGCUUAAAA